UAAGUCCAACAUAUACAUUUUAUUUCAUUGUUUGGGUCAAGUGUAUAUAAAUUGAAAUAAAUAUAAAUCAUUUUUAAAAAUGUUCAAUAAUUUCAAAAUACAAAUAAUUUUUUUAAUUUCAUUAUCUUUUGUGAAAUUCAAUUGUGCCCAUUCCCAAUGUAACAGCAGUGACUGGUCAUGUGACAAUGGCCAGUGUAUAUCCGAUAAUAAAUUGUGUGACGGUAAAGUGGAUUGUAGUGAUCGAUCGGAUGAAAUUGCAGAGAAUUGUAUACAGUUUCAUGAUAUCUGUCAGAAUUCUACUUUUCGUUGUACAUACGGAGCUUGCAUAGACGGCAAGGCUAAAUGCAAUGGUGUGCAAGAUUGUGCUGACAACUCGGAUGAAUUGAUAUGUAUUCAAAAAGAUGAUUCAGAUUUUCAAGGUGUCUGUUUUGCUACUGAAAUACAAUGUGUGAAUUCUAAAGAAUGCAUAAAUUCAAUUGAUCUUUGUAAUGGUCGUGUAGACUGCAAAGAUGGUUCCGAUGAAUCCCUGGAGUUAUGUAUAAAUUUUCAUUGUGUUGGUUUUACAUGUGGUUAUGGUGCAUGUAUUAGCCGUAAUUCUAAAUGUAAUGGUAUAAAAGAAUGUGCUGAUGGUUCAGACGAGGCCUGGCAGUUGUGUACUACACCACGAAAGAUCAAUAAUGAAACUGCUGUAACACCGACUCCAAAACCAAAGCCAGCACCCAUAGCCUUACCAACAUCCGCUCAAUGCAUUAUACCAAAUAUAACAGAACUGCAGGAUUUGAUAUUUAAACUACAUCCUCUAAAUGAAACUAUUCCAAUAGGAUCCUUUGUGGAUGAUUUUGAAGUCAUACAUAUCGAAUGCCAGAACAAAUAUACGCUAAAAGGUCAAACCAGUCUUUUGUGCCAGAAUGGUAAAUGGGAUUUUGAUUUUCCUUCCUGUGAGGCCUACUGUGAUGGUACACUCUUAAGCGGACUUUCUAUACAUGCUGUUUGUAACUAUAGAACACGUUUAGGGGAGUGUCCUAAAAAAAUUCCUCCUGGUACUGAAAUUCAACUUAAUUGUAACUUUGGUUACACUCGUAAACCGAAAGUUCCACAGUUAAUACAAUGUUUAUCAGAUGGCAGUUACGAUGAACCUCCCCAUCCUUGCGUUCACAGUUGCGGCAGAGUAUCUUCUAUUAUUUUCCCCUUGUCUACGCGUGUCAUUCGCAUAAAAUCUAGCUCAGCACCCUGGCAUGUGUCUAUACAUGAACAUAAUAAUAUUAAAUACAACUUCAUUUGUAGUGGAUCUAUUGUUUCGCCUCGUAUUAUCAUAACAGCCGCACAUUGCUUUUGGGAUGUGUCGACUUUAACAUUGAGAAAUUAUACGGAAUAUCAAAUUAUUGCUGGCAGAACUACGAGCAAUUUUACAGCGGAGCAGAGUAGCUACUCGCAGAUAGUACAGGUGGAAGAAAUACACAUACCAUCAGAUUAUAAAGGUAGAGAUGGUGGUGAAAGGGACGAUAUAGCUUUUUUAAAACUAAAAAGUGCCCUUCGAUACGUACUAACAAUUGCACCGGUCUGCAUGGCAAUAGAAAGUCUCAAUACCGCAUCAAAAUAUAUGAUCUCUAAUCAAAAAGGUUUCAUUACCACUUUUGGCCUAAACACUCAAUUGGAAAGAAUUCGGAUGAUAACAUUAUCCUAUCAUGAAUGUUAUGAUAAAAGUCCACCUGAAUUGCGCAUAGCAGAUGAUAAAUUUUGUAUUAUCAAUGAAGAACGCGCUGCAGUAUGUCGUGGUGAUAGUGGUUCUGGAUUUUUUGUUGAACACCGGAAUCCAGAUGACAACGAAAUUAUAUAUAGGCUCUUGGGCGUAAUUAGUAAUUUACCGACUACUAUGAAUUAUUGUACACGAAACGAUGAUGAUGCUUUUGCUGCAGUAACAAAUAUCCACUAUAUGUCUUCGGAAUUUAAGACAAAAUUAUUUGAAGCUAUGAAAGAAGACGAAACUUUAUUUUAAGUAUUAUGUAGUUAAAUGAAUUUAACUUACAAGUGAAAUUAUACUUAGUGUUUUGCAAUAAAAGUAAUUUU